ACCGACAAUCGUGAUGGUUGGCAAGAGCAGGUAAAAUGCCGAAGGUCUUGCCCCCCUACUACGAACGGAAAUCCCCCCAUAGGUUGCGGGGAUUCUGGACGCAUUCCCCGAGCCCAUUCGGCAUCCCUUGGCCUGCCAUGAUUUAUAACCAUGUCUCGAAUCCUCCAGAAGCCAUCUUCGUUUUUCAACAUGUCAUCCUCAAAAGCUUCCUGAUAGUAGCGCGAGUUAAUACUUCCCAGCAAAACAGUCUACGCCAUGGAUGCAUUCGAAUACAACGCCAACCCGGGACGAGUUGUCUUCGGCAGUGGUACCCUUCGGAAACUGCCUGAUGAGAUUUCCAGACUCGGCUUGGAAUCUCCAUUGGUUCUCUCGACGCUACAGCAAGUUGAACAAGCAGAGAAAGUCAAGGCCGUGCUUGAGGGCAAGGUUGCAGGCCUCUUCACCGAGGCUACUAUGCAUACGCCUACACAUGUCACGGAGAAGGCUCUUGCCUAUGCGGAAGCCCAGAAAGCGGACUCCGUCAUUUCUAUCGGGGGAGGCAGCACGAUCGGUCUGGGAAAGGCCAUCAGCAUUCGUACUGGACUGCCCCAUAUCUGCAUCCCAACGACAUACGCAGGGAGCGAGAUGACACCCAUUCUUGGGGAGACGGCUGAUGGCUUGAAAAAGACGCGUUCUGAUCCCAAGAUCCUUCCAGGCACAGUUAUCUACGAUGUGGAUCUGACGAUGACUUUACCUGCGGGGAUGAGUGCGACAAGUGGUGUGAACGCGAUUGCUCAUGCUGUGGAAGCACUUUAUGCGCGCAAUACAAACCCCAUAAUCAAUAUGAUGGCUGUAGAAGGCAUCCGCACUUUGGCAUCUUCACUGCCAGAGAUUGUCGAGAAUCCUGCUUCCAAAUCUGCACGUUCCAAUGCUCUCUACGGAGCCUGGUUGUGCGGAACCUGUCUGGGUAGCGUGGGCAUGUCCAUCCACCACAAACUCUGUCAUACUCUUGGUGGCAGCUUCAAUCUACCUCAUGCGGAAACGCACACUGCUGUUCUUCCCCACGCCAUUUCCUACAAUGUACCUAAAAUCCCGGAGGCCAUGAAAAAGCUAGCAGAUGUUCUCCCUGAGAGCAACGGAGACGGCAUACAUGGUUUGAAUGUCCUGUUGACGAAGCUUAAGGUCAAGCGGGGGUUGAAGGAUUUUGGUAUGAAGGAGGAAGACAUUGACAAGGCCGCCGAUAUUGCCGUUAGCAACCCCUACUGGAACCCGAGACCGAUUGAGAGGGCACCUAUCCGGGAGUUAAUUCGGAGGGUCUGGGCCGGGGAACUUGCAAGGGCAGAUUUGUAGGUAAUUUCACUUUUACGCGAUAUAAGAAAAUACGAUGAACCCUAGGAAGGGAGUGUAUCUUCUGUG